CACUACAUCGCCCGUGCCAAAAAGAACCCAGCCAGUAUUAACUGAACUAGCAGCAUAAAUAAUUUUGUAAUAAUGUGGCUAUAAAAGUGCACAGAAGUGAAGUUGAUAUAAAAGGAGAGGGACUACCUUGUGCCCUUUGAAAUACUCAAAAGGAUCCACAUAGUUAUAAGGCGAUGGCGUGUUUUUACGAACACCGAAUAGAUGCUUAUGUGAUACUUAUACUUUUCUUAUUUACUAACUUAUUUGCGCAAGGAUAUAGUAGAGAAUGGGUUGAAGUUGGAAGGAACUCGUCCUUGGAAUGUGCAUCUGACCACGAACCAGCGAUUUGGAUAUUUAAUAAUGAUACCAAUUAUAAAUUUGAUACCAGAUUUACAACUGCUAACAUUAUUAAUCCAGAGGACAAUGACAAUGAAAACAUAAAUAAUGAUGUAAAAAAGUAUAAAAAUAUACUUUACAUACAUGACGUUAAGAUAUCGGAUAGUGGGAAUUAUACAUGCAAAAACCCUCAAACGAACGCUUCAGUGGAAUUUAAUAUACAGCCAUUCCUCCAACCGAAGAUUAUAGAAAGCACUGUUGAAAAUAUAAAGCGAAAAAUUAAACAAAGUGCCAUUAUUUAUUGUGUAUUCGAAAUUUACCCACAAAACACGUCGACAAACAAGCAGCUUAAAUGGCUUAAAGAUGGAAGCCCUGUGGCUUUCAUAGAUGACUAUACCUCAGUCCAUCGGCUGAGCGAUACACAAUUGAACUUUACAUUGGAAUUUACAGAGUUGUAUAAAAAGGAAAAUGGUACAUAUAAAUGUGUUUUAUAUGGCGACAACGAGGCUGAGAUCAUUUCUAAAGAAAUAACAUUGCUUGUAAUGGAAGUGCCACAGAUCAGCAUUGAUUAUGCGAAAGCUGUUGGUGCAAGCAAAAUAUAUUUAAAUUGGACGGUCAAUGAUGGAAACGAUCCCAUUCAAAAAUACUUUAUUCAGUAUUCACAAGAAGGAUCGCCCACAUUCAAGUAUUACAAAGAUAUCAUAAAUGGCAACAAUACAUCAUGUGUCCUCGAUUCGUUUAGUCCUAAUACAACCUAUUAUCUACGCAUCACAGGAAAAAAUUCCAUUGGCAAUGGUUCGCCGUAUCAGUAUCCAUUCGGUGUUACUACCUUGGAUUAUGAUCCAACUUUUAUACCAAAAGUUGAAACUACCGGGAGCACAGCAUCAACCAUUACGAUUGGAUGGAGUCCUCCUUCCCAAGAUCUAAUUGAAUAUAUUCAAUAUUAUGAAUUGACUGUCUCCGAGUCUGGGGAUGUGCCGAAAUUAAUUGAGAAGGCCAUUUAUCAACAAAAUUCCAGAAAUUUGCCAUAUAUGUUCGAUAAAUUAAAGACCGCUACAGACUAUGAAUUUCAAGUGCGAGCAUGCAGUGAUCUUACAAAAACCUGCGGCCCAUGGUCGGAAAAGGUGAAUGGUACCACAAUGGAUGGCGUCUCAACGAAACCAACCAAUUUGAAAAUCCAUUGCAAUCAACAAAACAUUUCCAGGCUCAACUCGAUCUCCAUUAGCUGGAAUGUACCACAAACACCAAAUGGAAAAAUAAUUUCAUACUUAAUUAUUCUGGAAGGAAAUUACACAUACUAUAAUCAAGAGGGUAUGAUAUUAACAGAGAAGUGGGGCCCUAAAAUACGACGAGUCGAUGAGCCCAGUCACAAAACGAUUUAUGAAGGCGUUAGUCCAAAUACAAACUAUACUGUUACAGUCUCUGCAAUCACGAGGCAUAAGAAAAAUGGCGAGGCUGCGGUUACGAAUUGCUUUAUGCCGAUUUCAACACCCGAAACUAUUGGCAAAACAAUGUGGACGAAAGUGAAAAACGGCCCAAAAUAUGUUCUAAAAUUAUACUUGCCCAAAAUAAGCGAAAGAAAUGGACCUAUAUGUUGCUAUCGACUUUAUCUUGUCAAAAUAAUAAAUGGAAACAACGAACUACCCACUCCGGAUAAACUGGAUGUUGCUACGUUUAAUGAAAUGCAUAAUAAUAGCAACAUUAAGACCAAUAAUUAUGCAUAUAUAGCUGAAAUGCUUAGUAAUCGGUAUUUUAAAUCGGAAAUAUUUUUGGGAGACGAAAUGCGAUUUAUUAACAAGCAAGAAGAUCUAAUCGACAAUGAUAAAAUAUGUCGCAAAUGCUUGGAGGGCGCGCCCUUUUUAAGAAAACAGGAAAGUGCCUUUAAAACAGAUUCCGCCCUGACUCCAGCACAAAUUCAAAAAGAACAACUACUUAAAGUUGGGAAUUUGACAGACCAUGCUUUACAAGUUUUAGAAAGUAAAAUGAGAAUAAGACGAAAUCCCACUGUUGGCAUUGAAAAGGAACAAACAAAUAUUAGCAAUCCGAAUAAUAUCGGAGAUAUAUACGAUGGCGAAAUUGACAUUAAUGCUAAUUAUACUGGUUUCCUUGAGAUUAUUGUUCGAUCCGGAAGUACGGUUCUUAUGGCGUAUAGUGAUUACUUUGAUGUCAUUACACCUGCAACUGAGGCUGAGCAAAUACAAUCCCUGGAUGAUACGAAGUUUUAUUUAAAUAUCGGCAUAAAAGCAGUUGCUAUUGCAAUUGGAUUUAUUGUAAUUUUUAUAAUAUUUUGGAUAAUUCACCAUCAAAAGACAAAGAAUGCAAUGCCUGACGAAGAUACAUUAACUCUAAGAGAUUCUUUAAGAACCCUCUUUAGACGUCGAAUAAACAAUCAUAGUCAGUUUAUAGGCUCCGGAAAUCAGAAAGGUUUUGAUACGGGACCUAUUCAUAAGACAGAUUUAGUUAGUGCCUAUAAAAACCGACAUAAGGAUACGGAUUAUGGAUUUCUACGGGAAUAUGAAAUGCUUCCUAAUCGCUUUACGGAUCGAACUACCAAAAAUAGUGACAUGAAAGAAAAUGCUUGCAAGAAUAGAUAUCCGGAUAUAAAAGCUUAUGACCAGACUAGAGUCAAAUUAUCACCAAUUAAUGGAAACCAAUGCACUGAUUAUAUAAACGCCAACUUUGUCAUUGGAUAUAAGGAAAGGAAGAAAUUUAUAUGCGCACAGGGUCCCAUGGAAACAACAAUAAACGAUUUUUGGCGAAUGAUAUGGGAACAACAUUUAGAGAUCAUUGUAAUGCUGACAAAUCUGGAGGAAUAUAAUAAGUCCAAAUGCGCGAAAUAUUGGCCAGAAAAGGUCUUUGACUCCAAACAGUUUGGGGAUAUUUCAGUAAAAUUUACCGCAGAACGAAAAACUGGCGAUUAUAUUAUACGGUCCCUAGAUGUAACAAAAUCAAAUCUGAUUGGUGAUGAAGAAGAUCACAGGCAAAUUACACAAUAUCAUUACCUUACUUGGAAGGAUUUUAUGGCUCCCGAGCAUCCUCAUGGCAUCAUCAAGUUUAUACGUCAAAUUAAUUCAGUCUACUCGGUGCAAAGGGGUCCAAUAUUGGUGCACUGCAGCGCAGGUGUAGGUAGAACAGGUACUCUUGUGGCAUUGGACUCCCUUGUACAACAGUUGGAGGAGGAAAAUAUGGUAUCCAUUUUUAAUACAGUGUGCGAUUUACGUCACCAGCGUAACUUUUUGGUUCAAUCACUGAAACAAUACAUUUUUCUAUACCGGGCAUUGUUGGACACUGCCACCUAUGGAAAUACAGAUAUAUCCUUAAAUUUAUUGCCAUCAACAAUUGAGUCCUUAAAGUUUAAGCCUAAUGAAGGAAAAUGCUUGUUAGAAAUCGAAUUUGAGAAACUUAUAAACACAACGGAUGAGAUAAAUAAGUCUUGCAGCGUUGGCGAAACUAAGGAAAAUAUGUUAAAAAAUAGGUCCCAUGAAAUUAUUCCAUACGAUCGUAAUAGAGUUAUUUUAAGCCCCAUACCAACGAACGAUAAUUCGACAUACAUAAAUGCUUCGUUCAUUGAAGGAUAUGAUAAUACUGAAUCAUUUAUAAUUGCACAAGAUCCUAUGGAAAAUACUAUUGGAGAUUUUUGGAGAAUGAUAUCAGAGCAGAGUGUUUCUACACUUAUAAUGAUAUCCGAAAUUGGAGACGGUCCACGGAAAUGCCCUCGUUAUUGGGCAGAUGAUGAAAUUCAAUAUGAUCAAAUACUUGUAAAAUACGUACACAGUGAAAGUUGUCCGUAUUAUACUCGGCGAGAGUUCUAUGUAACGAAUUGCAAAAUAGAUGAUACCCUUAAGGUGACUCAAUUUCAGUAUAACGGUUGGCCGACUGUUGAUGGAGAAGUUCCUGAAGUGUGUCGGGGCAUAAUUGAGCUGGUAGACCAAGCACACAAACAUUAUAAAAGUCACAAAAAUACUGGCUGCCGAUCUCCACUUACUGUUCACUGCAGCUUGGGAACUGAUCGAAGUUCAAUUUUUGUUGCGAUGUGCAUAUUGGUUCAGCAUCUCAGAUUGGAAAAGAGUGUAGAUAUAUGUUCAACAACAAGAAAAUUGCGAUCUCAGCGACCAGGACUUUUAAAUUCAUUCGCACAAUACGAGUUCCUACAUCGCGCCAUUUUAAACUAUUCAGAUCUACAUAAGUUGUCGGAAAAUAUUGAGGAUUAAAUAAGAUAUUGAUGUACUCAUAGAAGAAGUGUGGAUGAGUUUACACAUACACAAUACAUAGAUAUUAUAAUAAUGUACAUUUCAAGAAACUUCAUAUAGUAUGUAUUUAAGUGCGGCGGAUGUAUACACAUUUUUUUACCAAUUUAUUUUUAACCUUAUACAUAUAUUUGUAUGUCUGUAUGUGCGUAUUUAUACUGAUAAAGCUACCAAAGGAAGAAUAUUAAUUUAUUUUAUAAGAUUAUGUGUAAAGUAAUAAUAAAUAAAAUAUGUAUCUUUUACAUUUAAGGAACCAGCACAA